CAACUUCCUCCGCCAAAUUGCAGCUCCUACUGCCGCGAUUUUUCUCAGAGACACAUAGAGCUCAACUCAAGCUUAAUCGAAGAUGGUGCAGCGACUUACUUACCGUAAGCGCCACAGCUACGCCACCAAAUCCAAUCAGCACCGCGUUGUCAAAACCCCCGGUGGAAAAUUGAUCUAUCAAACCACUAAAAAGAGAGCCAGCGGCCCCAAAUGUCCUGUUACGGGGAAGAGAAUCCAAGGGAUUCCCCACUUGAGGCCUGCUGAAUACAAGAGGUCUAGACUGGCUAGGAACCGUAGAACCGUUAAUCGAGCAUAUGGUGGUGUGUUGUCAGGAAGUGCUGUGAGGGAAAGGAUUAUUCGGGCUUUUCUCGUAGAAGAGCAGAAGAUUGUGAAAAAGGUAUUGAAAAUCCAGAAGGCAAAGGAAAAGUUAGCUGCCAAGAGUUAAGAUGUGAUUAGGUAAAAAGAAGGGGUAAAAAAGAAACAACCUUGGAACUGCUCUGGUUUAGAAGUGUUUUGAGUUGAAUUUAAGAAUUUUAGUGUUGAUAGUGAGUAGGUGUUUCUUCUUUUGCUUAAUUGGAUCAUCACAUUUUCAUUCUUCACUUUGUUGACAAAUCAAUUCCCGAGAUCUUGUUUUGUGAUAUUGUGUAUCUACUAUGACAAUGUUGGGAUGUUAUUUUUUAACUCCCGUUUUAAAGAUUUUUGUAUUAUGUUGCUGAAUCUUAUAUGAUCUAUCUUGUGGAAUUGACAGUAGAAUAGAAUUUCUCUGA